AUGGUUGCCUGCCCAGCAUGCGGCAAGGAAGUCAAGCAAACGAACAUUAAUGCUCAUCUUGAUUCAAACUGCAAACAGCACAUAGAAGUCCUGCUUUCUCAUGCCGAAAACAAGAAGCCCGGAGCCUCGAGCUUCUUUCGCAACGCCCAUUCAAAUAGCCAGCCCCAGGCUCCCAGUCCCAGCUUCGAACAGCCUCCCCAGAAUGGACCAGUCACUAUAGGUGGAGGGCCGCUCGGCGACCGCCCCUUUGCGCCGUUCAAUAGGAACUUCCGAAGGCCUUUUCCUUCUACCCCAUCAGGACCUACGCCCGAUCUUGACAAGAAGACACUUCAAAAUUCUUCGACCACUACUAACGCGAACAUCAAGACGGAGAUUCGACCUAAUGCUACCCCUAAUUUCUCUGAGAGUAGAAAGCGGCGACGAUCAUCCAGCCCUUCAGUCGCAAACGGCACACCUCAGACGCCCCAGCCCAAUCCCACACCUACAAUAGAGAAGAGCGAGCCUUCUGCGAAGCGACCAAAGCAAAACGCAUUUCAGAAUGCGCAGCCUCUUGCUGAUCGGGUUCGUCCACGAACUUUAGACGAGAUACAAGGGCAAGAGCUGGUUGGACGAGAUGGUGUUCUAAGAGGAUUGAUUGAAAGCGAUCGCGUACCUUCGAUGAUAUUAUGGGGCGGCGCAGGCACAGGCAAAACUACGAUAGCCCGAGUGGUUGCAAAUGUAUCAGGAGCGCGCUUUGUCGAAAUCAAUUCGACGAGUUCGGGAGUCGCAGAGUGCAAGAAGCUAUUCGGAGAGGCUAGAGGGGAGCUCGGGCUGACGGGGCGGAAGACCAUCAUUUUCUGUGAUGAGAUCCAUCGAUUCUCAAAGUCACAGCAAGACGUGUUCCUUGGGCCCGUCGAAGCUGGGAUCAUCACGCUCAUUGGAGCCACGACUGAGAAUCCGAGCUUCAAAGUACAGUCUGCGCUACUAUCGCGAUGUCGAGUCUUCACUCUCGCGAAGCUGACUACAGAGGAUAUCACCUCAAUCUUGAAGAGAGCUCUUAAAGCAGAGGGUCCUAAUUACAAUCCAAGGCGCGAUCUGGUGAAUGAUGAAAUGCUCAAGUAUUUGGCUGCCUUCGCCGAUGCUGAUGCCCGUACUGCUCUGAAUCUUCUUGAACUUGCUAUGGACCUAUCUAGGCGACCGAACACGUCACAAGAAGCGAUCAAAUCAAGUCUUACGAAGACUCUAGUAUACGAUCGAGCAGGUGAUCAGCACUAUGACACUAUCUCUGCCUUCCAUAAAUCGGUUCGCGGCUCGGAUCCAAAUGCUGCCCUCUAUUACCUGGCUAGAAUGCUACAAUCCGGCGAAGAUGUGCUCUUCAUUGCCCGACGUAUGGUAGUUAUGGCCAGCGAAGACAUCGGGCUCGCAGACAACAACCUCCUUACACUUGCCACAUCAACAUAUGCUGCUGCUGAAAAGGUCGGCAUGCCGGAAGCACGUAUCAACCUAGCCCAUUGCGCCGUCGCGUUGUCUUUGGCGAAGAAAAGUACCAGGGCAUACAGGGGCCUCAACAGUGCUUACGCGAAGUUGAACGAGCCCGGUAUCGCUGCGCUACCGAUACCGAUCCAUCUACGGAAUGCGCCUACGAGGCUGAUGAAAGAGCUGGGGUAUGGCAAAGAAUACAAAUACAAUCCAAAGUAUUUGGAUGGUCUGGUCAAACAGGAGUACCUGCCAGAAGAGUUGAAAGGCUUCGAGUUCCUUGAGAAGAGAGACUUGGGCACAGAAAUCGACGAAGAGCUUGGAGAGGCUGAUGGCUUCGGAUGA